CGAUUGAAAUAUUUGUUUUCGUAACUGGUAUCCAACUGUGACCUGAACAAAACGAUUUUCGUUCCCUUGCAGACCAUUGGAGCGAUGGGACGCAAACUGAUCUGCAGGUGGCGCUCAAUGCUGAAUGAGGUUCGUUUCAUUCAAAGGCCGAGUCUCCAAUGGGGGUCGAUAAGAGAGGGAUCAUUGAAAAAAUAAUAACUUCGUCACUCAACCCACGAGUGUUCGGUGGGAUUCCCGGGCCGUUACCGCGGAUGAGAGAUUUCAGGAGGUGACUCGAAGCGAGACUUGAAGAGCCGGAGAAUUCUUUUUGAAGCGGAAGCUGACCGCAACAACAACAACAACAACAACAACGACUUGCAAGUACAAUGACUUGUCCCACUACGGGAUGGAUGCAGUAACCCUCGGCGGUUAUGGCAACGCACACGGGCCUCGCGCUCUCUCCCACCACCUGAGUCACGGACACGACAUUCAGCACUAUCCCCCCAGCACAGCCUCUCUGCGGCCUGGCCUCCCCCCCUCCAUCGGAGGCUCCAUUAACAACAUUCUCAAGCGGGAGAAGGAUUUGAUCUACGGACACCCUCUCUUCCCUCUGCUCGCCCUGGUGUUUGAGAAGUGUGAGCUGGCAACCUCGACCCCCAGAGACUGCGGCGUCGCUGGCGGAGACGUCUGCUCCUCCGAUUCCUUCAACGAGGACAUCGCCAUGUUCGCCAAGCAGAUCCGGACAGAGAAACCCCUCUUUUCCUCCAAUCCGGAGCUGGAUAAUUUGAUGAUCCAGGCAAUUCAGGUGCUUCGCUUUCAUCUACUAGAGCUGGAGAAGGUACACGAGUUGUGUGACAACUUCUGCCAUCGCUACAUCAGCUGCUUGAAGGGCAAAAUGCCAAUCGACUUAGUGAUCGACGAUCACGAUGGCAGCUCCAAAUCAGACCUAGAAGACUUCACGGGCUCCUGCACCAGCCUCUCAGACCAGAAUCAUUGGAACAGAGAUCAUGACGAGACGGGGUCUGCACGCUCAGUGACCCCCGGACCGUCCAGCGGAGGGCUCGCCUCUCAGAGCGGUGACAACUGCAGCGAACAAGGAGACGGGUUGGACAACAGCUUGGCGUCUCCGGGCACGGGCGAUGAGGACGAGUUCGACAAGGACAAGAGGCGCCAGAAAAAGCGAGGCAUCUUCCCCAAAGUGGCCACCAACAUCAUGAGGGCCUGGCUCUUCCAACACCUCACGCAUCCGUACCCAUCCGAGGAGCAGAAGAAACAGUUAGCGUUGGACACAGGGCUCACCAUCCUGCAGGUGAACAACUGGUUUAUUAAUGCAAGACGGAGAAUUGUACAGCCAAUGAUUGACCAAUCGAACCGCACAGGAGGUUCUUAUAGUCCGGACGGCCAGUCGUUGGGAGGGUUUGUCAUGGAUGGACAGCAGCACAUGGCCAUUCGGGCACCAGGACAGAUAGGUGGAAUGGGCAUGAAUAUGGGCCUUGAAGGACAGUGGCAUUAUAUGUAACCUCAACGAUGGAGCCAGAGGCUAAGGAAGUUUCCAGCCACGCCAGGGGACAUUGGCACAGAGAGGAGCAAUGGAGACGGGAUCUCCCAUUGACAAGAGACAGUCUGAUCUGGAACUCGUCCGUCCUUCAACCUACCGUGAAGCUCAGCAGCCCCUGCCCGCACUGCGAUCUCGUCGCAAAAGGCCUUGCGUUCCAAAAACAAGAGACACACACACCCUCCCUCCCUCCUCCUUCCCUCCCUUCCUC